UGGUUAUCGCCACCGCCACCAGCUGUUUGGCUGCGCAGAAAAAACGAAGACUUCGUUUUCUUGUUAUUGUUGAAGAAAUUAAUAAAAUUAAAAUUAUUGCGGACAUUACAGCGGCAAUUACAAACAGGAUGGGCAAUCAACUGGUGGGCAUUGCCCCGUCGCAGAUUUAUGCGGUGGAGCACUACUUUUCCGGCCAGUUUGGAUCCGAAAUCACAUUCAGUUCCAACAUGGGCAGCACGCGAUUCUUCAAAGUGGCCAAGGCAAAAACGGAUGAGGGUCAGAUAGUGGUCAAGGUGUUUGUGAAGCACGAUCCCACGUUGCCGCUGGAGGAUCACAAGGAGCGACUGGAGGGAAUCAAGAAGACACUUUCGCUGGCCAAUGCCGUCAAUUGUUUACCCUUUCAACGAGUUGAGCUAAUUGACAAGGCAGCCUAUAUAAUGAGAUAUGUUAAGCACAGUCUUUAUGAUCGCGUGUCCACACGCCCCUUUCUCACUGUUUUGGAGAAAAAGUGGAUCACGUUCCAGAUUCUGUGCGCCCUGAACCAGUGCCACAAACAGAAGAUCUGCCACGGAGACAUCAAGCUGAGAAUAUCCUGAUCACCUCUGGAACUGGAUCUCCUCUCAGACUUUGCUUCCUUUAAACCCACUUACUUGCCGGAGGACAAUCCGGCGGACUAUACGUACUUCUUCGAUACGAGUAGAAGGCGAACCUGCUACAUUGCCCCCGAGCGAUUUGUCAAGACACUGGCUUCGGAUGACGAUGGCGGCAAUGGCAACAUGUCGGUCAUUCACACCGACUCCAUCAUUCGACUGGCACCCAGUUAUGCUGGAAAUACUCUACUACCAGCCAUGGACAUCUUCUCAGCGGGCUGCGCCUUGCUGGAACUCUGGACGGAGGGAACUGCGCCCUUUUGAACUCUCCAGCUACUGGCCUACAGGCGUGGUGAGCGGGAUCUGGUGGAGAAGCAUUUGGCUGGCAUCGAAAAUGAGAGGCUACGCAACCUGCUGGCCUCCAUGAUCGACAUCCACUCAAUGACGAAGAGCGCCGAGGAUUACUUGGAUCAGGAGCGCGGCCAGCUGUUUCCCGAAUACUUUUACUCCUUCCUGCAAUCGUACUUGCAAAUGUUCUCCUCAACACCGAUAAUGUCACCGGAUGACAAGAUCCAGUGUCUGCACAAGGACAUUGGGCACUGCAUCAAGGUGCUGACACAGGCACAGGAUGUGACCCCGGAGGAGGAGGAUAAGGAUGGUGAGCAGGAAAAGAAGGAUCCCACGUUGUGUGCUCGACUGCCACCGGAGCAUGAUGGUCUCAUUCUGAUCAUUACUGUGGUCACAUCCUGCAUUCGCGGUCUCAAGCAGUCCAACACUAAAAUUGCUGCCUUGGAACUGCUGCAAAUUUCGAAGUACACCACUUCCGAGACCAUCUUGGAUCGCAUAUUGCCCUACAUUGUGACUGCACUUGGCCAGAAAUCACCAGCCAAGGUGCAAGUUCAGGCCAUCGAAACGCUGACCGCCUGCCUGGGCAUGGUAAAGGACAUUCCGCGCAGCGAUGCCAGUUUUCCGGAGUACAUCCUUCCUCCAUACUGACUUGGCCAGCGAUCGAGUGCCGUGAUUGUUCGCGUGGCUUUGCCCGGAAUAUUGCUGCUCUGGCAAAAGCGCUGUCUAUUUUUGGAGGAGACGCAGCGAAAUGCUCCGAAUGACAUGCCCACUCCGCGCUACGAGGCGGAGUUGAAUGCUCAUGAUAUAGUAAGACAAGCGGUACUGAGUCUGCUGACGGAUUCCCAACCGGUGGUUAAGCAAACUCUGAUGGAGUCGGGCAUUUGCGAUCUGUGCGCGUUCUUUGGCAAGGAGAAAGCCAACGAUGUGAUACUCUCGCACAUCAUGACCUUUCUGAAUGACGAGGACAAGAUGAGGGGAGCUUUCUAUGACAACAUCGCCGGAGUGGCUGGCUAUGUGGGCUGGCAGGUCGAUAUAUUGGUGCCCCUUUUGCAGCAAGGAUUUACGGAUCGCGAGGAGUUCGUCAGCAAGGCCAUACGUGCAGUGACCACUAUCGAACUGGGUCACAUCAAGAAGCGCGUCACGGAAAUUGUCCAAGAGAGCUGUUAUCUGUGCCAUCCUAAUCUUUGGGUUCGUCACGAGAUCUGCGGCAUGAUCGCCACCACUGCGAACCUCAGCGCCAUCGAUGUGCAGUGCAAGAUUAUGCCUGCGAUUGGCGCUUUUCUCAAGGCGCCGCUUAUCCAGGUGGAGAAGCAAAUCCUACUGGACUGUGUGCAUCCACCGGUUCCGCGGCAGAUCUUCGACAGCGUGCUCCGCUUCCAGGACAUCCACAGUUUUCUUAGAGCGCUUGAGGACCGAUCCAGAGCUCGGAACCAGGCCAGACAAGGAGCUGUGCCGCAGUUCGAGGAGAUGGGCAGACCCUAAGGAACGUGAGUAGUUUUUCUUAUAAUUCGAUUAAAAUUAUCUAAAUAGUUCUAUUCGUUUGCAGCUUUUUAGACGCUAAGCUCUGAGGGAUUGACGGAUCUAAUCGAAAUGCAGCUGCUGGCCAUGAACCCUUUCCUGAUCUCCAUGAAGCACAAGUCCCUGCAGGAUCUGGACGACACUACCUCUGGCAACGGACGCAUUGUGGUCACGCGCAAGCAAGUCGCUUGUCAUGAAUAUCCGCUGGCGGACAAAAUCACCAAAAUGCCCCUAGAGAACCGAUCCAGCGAGGGACCAACAAUGGUAUCGCCCGCCUCGGAUGCAGCGAACACUCCGCUGGGAGCCGGGGGAAUGGCCGGAAGUCCUGCCUCUGGAGCUGUGGUUCUUGGCGUGCCAACGGCCACUGUAAGUGCGGCCACCUCACUGGGUGAAUACACGAUGCCGGAGCGAAACUGCUGGCUGGAACGCUCCUCUGAGUGCCGCAAGGAUCUCGAAUCGCUCACGGCCAAGAUCAAGAGGCGCUACAAUGUGCUGGCCAUCUCACAGCGCUGUAGUUACGACAAGCUUGUGACGCCCUACCCACCUGGUUGGCGGAUGAACGGCACCCUGGUGGCCCAUCUGCACGAACACUCGGAGUCGGUGAUCAAGCUGGCCUCCUUGCGUCCCCACGGCUCGCUCUUCGCCAGCGGCAGCAUAGACGGCACGGUGCGGCUGUGGGAUUGCAGCAAACUCAAUGGGAAUCAAGGGGUGAAUAAGUCGAGGCAGGUUUAUUCGGCCAAUACGCCCAUCUACGCCCUGGCCGCCUGUGAUAGUGGACAAUCGCUAGCGGUGGGCGGCAAGGAUGGCAGCAUUCUGAUGAUGCGGAUCGAUCGCAACUCCGCCAAGAUGACGCUCCAGCAGGCCCUGAAUCAGAAUGAUCAUAAAGAUGGACCUGUUGUGGACAUGCACGCCUACGAUCAGGCCACGCAAAGUGUCAUCGUGUACGCCACGCUGUACGGCGGCAUUGUGGCCUGGGAUACACGGAUGCAGCACAGCGCCUGGCGGCUGCAGAACGAACUCCGGCACGGGGUGAUCACCACCAUCUGUGCGGAUCCCACUGGCUCUUGGUUGGCCACCGGAACGAGUGGCGAACACAUCUGCUGGGACCUGCGCUUCCGUCUGCCCAUUGCCGAGAUCAAACAUCCGGCUGAUUCGUGGAUACGCAAAGUGGCCUGCCAUCCCACGGAGCCUUCGUAUCUCAUCUCCGCCUCGCAGUCGAACAACGAGGUGUCUGUAUGGAACAUAGAGACGGGUCAGCGCCAGACGGUUUUGUGGGCCAGCCCGGUGGCGGCUUUAUCCAGCGCCAGUCCCAGUGAUCCUGCCACCACGUGCGGCAUCCUCAGCGGAGUGGUCGAUGGUUCCCCCUUCAUUCUCACCGGCAGCUCGGAUCAGCGCAUCCGGUACUGGGACAUCGCCAAUCCUAAGAACUCCUCGCUCAAGGUGCCGGCUGCCAAUGACAAUCUGGCCGAUGUGGCCUUCAACUACGGUGCCCGCUUAAUCGAUGGCAGUCAGGUGAUUGAGGAGCAAAUCAUUUCCAUGGCCAGUACUGGCGACUCACAGCAGCUGCGCUCCUCCACGGAGGAGAAUCCCCGCUCUGGGCCGGACAUGCCCACGGCCAGUCACCACGACGCCAUCACGGAUCUGCUGAUGUGCAAGGACAAGGGCCAGAUCUACAUAGCCUCGGCAUCGCGAGACGGUGUCAUCAAGCUGUGGAAGUGAGCGCCCGCUUAAUAGUAUUUAAUUAUUCAACUGUGAUUAGCCUAAUAAACUGCAAUAUGUCUAACUAUUAAAUAAACAGUUGCUUGUAAACUGUGGUCUAAAAAGCU